AUGUCUCUGACAAAAAAUCUAAGUGCAUUGCGAAAAUAUGCGUUGCUGUCUUCCAUUUCCCGAAGACUACUUGCACGACGAUUUUCGGAUUCGUGUCCAAAAAAAGGACUAGUUCUAGGAGUAUAUCGUUCAGAGGGCGAAGAUCCAAAAUUAACGCCGACCGCUGAACGAUUUAACGAGCGCGUAGGCGGCCGCCUCUGCGAGAUGAUUCGUGAGGUGGGCGACACGUACAAAGGCAAAGGCAAAGGCAAUGUAUUUAACAACCUUGAUCCUGAAUUUUUCUCUGUGUGUGUGGUAGAAAUUGGUAAAGAAGGAGCAGGGUACGAUCUUCUGGAAAAUAUUGAUGAAGGCCGCGAAAAUGUACGCGUGGCUGCUGCUACUGGUGUGACUCGUCUACGCAAGGAAGAUUUGGGCCAUAUUGCCGUAGAAGACAUGGGAUAUGCUCAAGAAGCAGCAGAAGGCGCUUCUUUGGCGGCUUGGCAAUAUCAAGAGUACAAGAAUAAGUGUUACCGUAAAAUAGUUCCAACAUUAGAACUAUUCGAAUCCUGCGAUACAGACGGCUGGACACGUGGACUAUAUCUAGCAGAUGCACAGAAUCUUGCUCGCCGUUUAUCUGAAGCCCCUUCAAACGCCAUGACGCCAACCUCGUUUGCUCAAGCUGCGGCUGAUGUGCUCUGUCCAUGCGGAAUUAAUGUCGAUGUGCGCGAUCGAUGUUGGCUCGAAAAAAAUCACAUGGAUCUUUUCCUGCAUAUUGCCAGAGGCUCGUGCGAGUCGCCUGUACUGCUUGAGAUAAACUACUGCGGCGGUGAUUCAGAAGAUAAGCCGAUUCUGCUAGUGGGAAAGGGAACUACUUUUGAUGCAGGUGGUCUGUACUUAAAACGUGAUGAUCCAGCAUUAGAUGAACAUAGAGCAGAUAUGGCCGGAGCUGCUAUGGUAAUUGCCAUCAUACGUGCUGCCUCGCUUCUUUCCCUGCCGAUUAAUCUAUGCUCCGUGCUUUGCCUCUGCGAGAAUAUGCCCAGUGGAAUGGCGUGUAAACCAGGUGAUAUUAUAUUUUCAAGAAACGGUAUUGCCGUUGCUAUUCGAAAUCCAGAUGCGGAAGGUAGAGUUUGCAUGGCCGAAGCCAUGGAAUAUGGUCAGAAAUUGUUCAAGCCUCGCAUUGUGAUCGACAUCGCUACUGCGCAUAGAGGAAUUCCGUCCCUUCUUGGAGACGGCGCCGCUGCUGUUUGGUCAAACUCGCGCCAACUGUGGAAGCAGGUCCACAGAGCUGGGGCAAUUACGGGGGACCGAUGCUGGAGAAUGCCUCUAUGGAAGACUUUCAAAGAUAAAGUCGUCGGAUGCGAGUCGGUCGAUUGCGUUAAUGAAGUUGAGGAGAAUGGUGACCCAUGUUAUCAAGCGUCAUUUCUACAUGAAUUUAUACCAUGUGCUGAUUGGUUGCAUUUUGACAUCACCGGAGUUGGGAUGUUAGCCCAUGAUAUCGCAUUUCCGUAUUACAGAUACGGAAAAAUGACCGGGCGUCCUACGAGAACGAUUAUCCAAUUAUUGUACCAGCUCAGUUGCCCGGGUGCAACUUUAAAAUGCAAAUGA